UUUUCUCCAUUACAUUGUUAGGUAAACUCAGUUUUCUUGCCAUUGUCAUCAGGAAACCUAGUUUUCUUUUCCCUUCUUUUAGGGUUUCAAUUCUACAUGAGCUCGGAUACAAAAUAAACUCAGCUUUCUCCGUUACAUUUCAUACUAAAUCAAAAUCUUCUUCUUCUUGUCAUUGCCAUCAGGAAACUUUUCUUUUUUUAUUUCUUUUAGGGUUCCAAUAUCAUAUGAGCUCCGAUACAGGAACAAUGGCUGACAACACUUUCCACAUAGCGAUGUAUCCAUGGUUUGCUUUAGGUCAUCUUACAUCAUUUCUCCAUCUCUCCAAUAAACUUGCGGAGAGAGGCCAUAAAAUCUCAUUUCUCUUGCCGCCAAAAACCAAAUCAAACUUUGAACCUUUCAAUCUAUAUCCAAACCUCAUUACUUUAAUUCCGAUCGAUAUUCCUCAUGUAGAUGGUCUCCCUCCAGGCUCCGAAACAACGGCAGAUGUUCCUUUCCCUCUACAUCCUCUUAUAAUGACUGCUAUGGAUUUAACACAACCUACCAUUGAGUUUCAUCUCCGAAACCUGAAACCCCAUUUUGUUUUUUUUGAUUUUACACACUGGUUACCUGCUUUGUCAAGAAAACUAAAUAUCAAAUCUGUGCAUUACUACACUAUUAGCCCCGCCACCGUUGGUUACCUUUUAAGACCUGAAAUAAAAAUCGCUGAUAAUAAAAUCCGAACAGAAGUUGAUCUAAUGAACCCGCCGCCUAGUUUCCCUCGCUCGUCAAUAAAGCUACGUGCCCAUGAAGCUCGUCACCUCGCUGCUGGAGCUAAGAGAGAGUUUGGCAGUGGAAUUUCAUUUUCUCAACGCCAGUGGAUUUGUUUUAGCGAAUGUGAUGCCGUUAGCUUCAAAACAUGUACAGAAAUGGAAGGCCCUUAUUGUAACUACAUUGAGAAGCAAUUCUGUAAGAAAGUUAUUUUGGCAGGUCCUGUUGUUCCAGAACCACCUAGUUUGGUUUUGGAUCAAGAAAUUGAGAGAAUCUUGGAUAAUUUUGAAGAAGGAAGCGUUAUAUUCUGUGCAUUUGGAACUGAAUGUCUUCUUAAUAAAGAUCAGUUUCAGGAACUGUUAUUGGGUCUUGAAUCUACAGGAUUGCCCUUUUUUGCUGCCCUGAAGCCACCAAUUGGAGUUGAAAAAAUUGAGUCAGCAUUACCAGAAGGGUUUCAAGAGAGAGUUAAAGGAAGAGGAUUUGUUUAUGGAGAUUGGGUUCAGCAACAACUAAUACUGCAACACCCUUCUGUUGGGUGUUUUGUGACCCAUUGUGGAUCUGGUUCAUUAUCAGAAGCUAUGGUAACUAAAUGUCAAUUAGUAUUGUUGCCAAAUGUAGGAGAUCAAAUAAUUAAUGCAAGACUAAUGGGUGGAGAUCUGAAAGUUGGAGUAGAAGUUGAGAAAGGUGAAGAAGAUGGGUUGUUCUCUAAAAAUGGCGUUUGCAAGGCAGUGAAAGCUGUAAUGAACAAUGAUAGUGAGGUAAAGGAAGAAGUGAAACAAAACCAUACAAAAUGGAGAGAAUUUUUGUUAAGCCAAGGGUUGGAGGACUCUUAUAUUGAUGGUUUUGUCCAGAAAUUGCAUGAAAUGUUACUGUGAUUGCACUUUUAGGAACGUGCUAAAUAUGUAUUAUAUAUUCUUUUUUUGAAAGGAAAAUAUGUAUUUUAAAUAGGUGUAAUUAAAAUACAUGUAUG